CAUUCUUCCUCCCGAACAGUCUCGACCAAACCUGCUUUACCCCAUCUUUUCUCUCUGCUUCCUCUCUUUACUUCUCCCCAUUUGAGAAGUAUCCGUCUAUUCUUCUACUUCUAUCUAUAUCCUCGGGAUCGACUCCAACCGCCGGUGUCACAACCCCGUUUACCUUCACAAAGAAGAUAUACUUUCAUUCGUUCCCACCCUAUCGCAGCUCGCCUAUCAACAGAUUCCUGUUGUUGGUGUGCCUAACUCGGCUAUUGGCAUCUCACCUGUAUUCCUGCUGGGUUGUCUCGGGACCGUGCUUAUUGCUUUUUCCCCUCCGCGCCCUUCGUUGGUGUGGCGUCCGUCGCGACUGGACUCGUAGCUUUGUUCCUCGGACCCAGUACACUCCGUCCGUGAGGGUACAAAUUGGCCUUCGAUCCUCUCUCGACGACCUUGUCUUCUCCGGAUCAGCUCGCUGAAGAUCUUCAUGCUUUCUCUUGGCUGUGAACACUGACUCUCGUGACUCCCAAAGCCAAGUUUGCUUAGCUUGAUCCUCUUUGACCUUUUCAAUUACUUCGAAUCCUCGUGACUGCUCUUUCUCAUCAUGGUGGUCAACGCGUCUGUCUCUGGGACAGGAGCCGUGAAAAGACCGGCCUCGUCCCUACAAGAUGAUUACAUCGGUUGGGAACAUGCUCCGGUAAGAAUCCAUCAUACAGUCGGGCCGAUGUAGUGCUAACCCGUCACUACAGUCAAUGGGAACCUCGAUGCGAUCUUCCAUGGAUCUCCCCUAUCCUCAUUACGCCUUGAUCUACUUGGACGGAGCCGGAAAGCUCAAGGUUUCGGAGUCCUCGUCUAUACGCGAACAGAACGGCACCGUCUUCACCCCGGAGGUGCGGGAAAGAUUCUUGGAAGCCCUCGGAACAAGAAUCGGAUACCACAAGCCUAUGCUGCGCAGAGUUCCCGGUAUCGGGCUAUCGGCAUACGGAUAUGGUCGCCCCGAGGAAUUCACCCGUCAGAAAAAGAGACGCAGAUCGUCUUACCAAAGCGCUGCACUGGAAUACUCUGACCCCGUGGAGGAGCUGCCUCCCUACUCGGCAACGAACAUGAUCGGACUUGAGAUCGGUGACGAGAAGAAGGUCCUGGAAUAUUAUGAGAACGCUUUGAAACACUUCCAACAGAUCAACUGCCGACUGAUUGCGAAGGCUUUCAUCAAAUUUAUCGAGCCUCGCAAGCAAGUCAAGCAUCCUUACAACGGAGGCAGGCCUCGAGGUGCAGGCCAGAAGGGUGACCCCGAGAAGACGAAGCCGGAUUGGUGGCCUGCAUCGGUCAACCACAAGGAGCCUGACCACCUGAGAAAAGACCAGAGAGUGGCGCUUUUGGUUCACAUCUUGCGCAAGCUUGACAAAACCGGCAUCACCCCGGAAAAGCUCCAGGAAGUUGCGCAUGACGCUCGCCGACAGCUCAAGCCCCCAGAGAAGAUCGAGAUCUUCGAUGAGAUCUUCCGCGUCCGACGCAUGGAGCAACGAUUCGAGAGAGGAGAAGUUGACGCCACCACCGUGGUAUACGUGCUCAACCGGGAUUCCAGCGCCAAAGGCGAGAAAGACGUAGAUGCGGCCAGCGAGCAAGACCCAAAGAUGGAGGACACCGAGGAGGAAGAUGAGACCGACGACGAGUUCCUGACCCCGUCAUCAGCGGAACAGGCAUCCGGGUCUUUCACAUCGACCGUUGACAUGGGUUUGGCGGGACAGACAAGCGACAGGAGUCAAAUAUUCCCGUUGUCCGAACCGAUCGGCCUUGGGGAGCAGCCUCGACACGACCGAUCAUUUUAUUCCGCCUCGUCCGAGUAUGCGAACGACUAUUCCUCACCCAGCAUGAUCAAACCACCGCCGUCGGCAUUAGUCAGUCCCAGCGAGCCCACCCAGACGUUCGACUACUUGGGUCCCGCCUCGUUCUCAAGUUCGACUGCCGGAGACCAGAUGAUGUCUCAACGCCCAGCCGCCAUGCCACUGCAGCAUUCCGUGAGCCAAUUCGAUUCAUGGGCGCCUUCUUUCAGGCAGAACAUGUUCGAGCCUCUCGAGUACGGCACUGCCGACCAGACCGUUGCCCAGGCUCACCUCCCCUACCAGAUGAUGGCCCACCCCCAAGACAUCACGCACGCUCACGCCUUACCUAGCCUGCGCUGCGACAAACCAAUGGAUCCGAUGUCCUUCCGCAGCUCAGCCUAUCGCACAGGGUCCAUAGGCCACUCCCACAUGGGACUCUCGCGCGAGUGAGAAACAACAAGGGCAUUUGUCCUGGUUUGAACGAAUUGAAUGACUUGUAUAGAUGAUCGAUAGACCUUUGUUACCUGAUGGCGCCUGGACACUUAUCAACGCCACAGCAUAUCUUGCACAUAGCGCCUUCCGUUGGAUUAUUUUGUGGACAUUUGAAUUAUAUAUAAAUAUUGUUAGCUUUCUUUUGUUACUGUGCUCUGUUUUUCAUCGACUCUUUGUUUUUAUUUACUGGUUUGCCGCUUUCUUUUUAUGUCGUGUGUUUUGUUAACCGAAAGAGAGGAAAGCAACACAAAAAAAAGACCAUGUUAUAAUGAGGGGGACAUAUCAGGCUUGAGGUGGUUUCGUUUGUUUGUUUGUUCUGUUUUAGCACCUGUGAUUUUGGAUAGAUUCAUGGAAGCGAGGGCGCUCGAGGCGGUGUUCAAUGCUUCUGGCCAUGUUUGGUCAGAGCAACGAUCGAUGUUUACAGUUUUUUGCGAGAGGCGGGAGUCUUUGAGUGUUUGGCGGUUGCGCGUGGAGUUUUACAUCUUGGGCUGGAAAAAGCAGCGUGCUUGCCUGUUGUUAGAAUCAUGCUGCAUUGGUAGUUUUCGUUUAAUGCUAUGUUCUUCAGAUUUACUUCAUCUAGUAUUUUGAUAGAGUAUUUG